UUCUAAUCGUACAUCAAACAAUGAAACUAUCCACAGAAAAUACACGAAAUUCCACAUAAAUUCAUACAAAAAUCAAAAUAUUCAUUUAUUAAAACGUUGAGUCACUUAAAAUAAGUUUGUAGUUUUACUGCAAAAAAGUCAUCAACAUGUCUGAGCCACACAAAGAAGAGGAAGAAAUUGCUGAAAACGACAAUACAGAAAAUCCGGAAUUGAUUGAGUUUGAUGAAGAUGAUAUAGCUGAUCCACAGCUUGGUUCAACCACCUCUGGACGCAAACGACUGUUCAGCAAAGAGUUACGUUGCAUGAUGUACGGGUAUGGUGAUGACCAAAAUCCAUACACGGAAAGUGUGGAUUUACUUGAGGAUCUGGUUAUUGAAUUCAUUACUGAAACCACGCACAGAGCGAUGGAAAUUGGACGCACGGGUCGUGUACAAGUGGAGGACAUAGUGUUUCUGGUGCGAAAAGAUCAGCGUAAAUACGCCCGUGUAAAAGACUUGCUAACGAUGAACGAAGAACUGAAGCGGGCCCGUAAAGCUUUUGACGAAAUCAAAUAUGUUGGAAAUUUACGUAAAAAAUUAACUAUGAAAAAUGAAAAUGUAGAACAAAAUCCAUAGCAUACAAAAUUUAUAUCGGUCAAUGCACAUUUGGAUUUUCUAUUCGGCAUUGACACAACAAGAAUGGGUAACAAAAAAAAAAACACACACACACACUUGACUUUUUGCUAAAAUUGUAAAUAAAGAAAAAUGAUGGGAUAAUAAAACCACGAUUAACUACAGAUUUUAUAUCAGAUUGAAA